UUUCUCGUAAUUACGUCCGUUUCGAUUCAUUCAUUCAUUCAUAUGGUUGUUUAGUUUAACUUGGGAAGUAAUAAAAAUGGGAAAUCAUCAACAACAGCAUCAAAAAACAACAGCAAGUUCUGUGUCUAAAUUUGUCUUCUUUGUAGUUGGUUUGUCUGUUGGAAUUACAUCCUGUUUUUACAUCCUCAGUUUUUAUUACGUUACAAAUCAGACUCAGUUGUUAGCAAUAGCAUGCACAACAUCAACAUCCUCACAGCAUAAAGCUCAGGCGUUAGCAUCUACACCAUUGCCGCCUUCAUCACCGCCUCCACCACCACCAUCACCGCCUCCCCCUCCCCCUCCAUCCCCGCCUCCACUACGCGAAGAGGAGGAGGAGUUUGGGGAGAAACUGCUGCAUUAUAUAGAGGAUGAUGCAGAGUUGUUAUGGCGGGGGUCAUUGGUGCCUCAGAUACCGGAGUACCCUUUUCGACGUGUUCCAAAGCUUGCCUUCAUGUUCUUGACAAGAGGUCCCCUGCCUUUAGCUCCUCUAUGGGAGAUGUUCUUUGAAGGAAAUGAAGCUAAAUUUUCUAUUUACAUUCAUACUCAUCCUAAUUACACUGAUCCUAUGCCGAAGGAUUCUGUCUUCCAUGGUAGAAGGAUUUCUAGCAAGAGUGUGGAGUGGGCAAAUAUAUCAAUGAUCGACGCUGAAAGACGAUUACUAGCCUCAGCACUCCUAGACUACUCAAACGAAAAGUUCAUCCUCCUCUCGGAAGCCUGCAUCCCCUUGUACAACUUCACAACAAUCUACGACUACCUAUUGAUCAAGAACACUAAUCUCAGCUUCGUAGGAGUGGAACCUGACUUCAAAAAGUCGAGCCCUUACAGAUGGCGGGGCAAGAUGGACCCACCGCUCAAGAGAUGGCAGUGGCAGAAGGGUGCUCAAUGGGUUGUCAUGGACCGAGUUUUAUCCAUAGACAUCCUUUCGGACACCAAAUAUUACCCUGUGUUUCGAGAUCACUGUAGUUGGCCUUGUCAGAAUCAAGAUGAACAUUAUGUUCAGAUUUUGGUUAUGCUUAAUCAUCCAGAGCGCAACUCGAAUUGGAGCUUGACUUGGACUGAAUGGAAGGGCAACCGCCAUCCUACCAUGUUCGGAGCAAGGUCUAAUAUUUCAGCAAAUAUGAUUCAAGAAAUGAGGUUCAGGGAUAAUUGUACUAUUGGUGGCCAAAUUACUAACAUGUGUUAUCUUUUUGCUCGCAAAUUUGCUCCUAAUAGUAUUAAGCAGUUGUUGGAGAUUAGUUCUACAUUGUUUGGGUGAAUAAUAUUAAUUAAGGUAAAGAGCAAGUCAUCUAUCUUUAAUACUAUUGUUUCCUACUUUGCAAAGUUGUAUGUGGUACAUCUAGUUCAUUUGUUUCGCAAAAAUAAAAAUAAACUACAUCGAUCAGGUUCAUUUGUU